AUGGGGCAGGCAGCCUCCCUGGCGCUGUUCAUCGGCGUGCCGAUCGUCCAAGGCAUGGUUGGGGGACUCCUGACCGGGAAGGACGUCAAGGACUGGUUUCCGACGCUGAAGAAGCCGAAGUGGACGCCCCCGGACUGGGCCAUCGGCCCCUUGUGGUCGACCUUCUAUACAAUCACGGGCGUGGCGUCUUGGCUCGUUCUGAAGCACGGAGGAUAUUCUGCGCAAGCCCUUCCGCUGGGGCUGUGCGCCGCGCAGUACGUGUUCAACUUCGCAUGGACGCCCAUCUUCUUCAAGGCACGCAGGCUGGACAUCGCCUUCGCCGAUGUCCUGGUCAUGCUGGGCUUCACCGGCCUGGCCACCAUCGAGUACUUUAAGGUCAGCCCUGCCGCCGGUGGUCUGAUGACGUCAUACGUCGCGUGGCAGUGCUUCGUGGCGGCGCUGAACUACCGCAUCUGGAAGGACAACCAGAAGGUCGAGGAUUAG